AUGUAUACGGAGUCACGGAAGUAUCUUGCUGGGCUUCUUGUCAUAAAAUCGAUUGGAACAUUUAGAGAAACUCGUGUGGAAAUUGGUGAACCGUUGUUGGGCACGAAAUUUAAUGUUAGUGAAACUGGAGAACUGCUUAUCGGUGGUUCGAGGCGAUGUUUUAUAAACGGUAAAUUAUCUGGAGCUUGGCUUCCCACUGGUGAUAUUGUCGAGCUUACAGAGCUGGGAAAAAUUUACUGGUGUGAUCGAUUCGAUGAUCAACAGAAGAUUAGUGGCAUCAACGUAAGCUUAUCGGGAUUGGCUCGAAAAGCGGAAGAAUAUGAUGACAUUCAAUCGGCUGUAGCGUUACGUCGUGAACAAUCUGUUUUACUGUUUAUAUACGUCGUAAAUAGCGCAACUGUGCAAACUGAUUUAUGCAAAAAGUUGGCAGUUGGAUUGCCAAUAAUAGUCAUUUUGGUGGAUAGUUGGCCAGUAACGCAAAAUGGAAAGGUUGAUCGCCGAAGGUUAAUGCAAAUUUUCGAGGAAAAAAAUUUGGUUUUUACGAUGGAAGAUUUGUAUAAAUUAUUUGAAAACCUCAAGAUAAUUUUAAAAAGCAAUCAAGAAAUGACGUUCAAAGAUUUGGGUUUGGAUUCAUCACGUGCGGCUGAAUUAACGCUAAAAACGGAACAUCUUUUGAAACAGCGCGAUUUCCCACUUCUGCAGUAUCUUCUUUCGGAUACCGGAACGAUUGCUGGAUUUUUGGAUGCGCUUGAUUUUAAUCAAAACUUACGACAAAGGAAUACCAUACACAUGCGAGAAAUUCGUAUAAGGCCAAUAGAAAAUUCCACUGAUGUUAAUUUAUUGUGGGAAUAUGACCUGGGGAAAUGCAUCGAUGCAGCACCUGUGGUCGAAAAUGGCUCAGUUUUUCUGGGUUCACAUUCCGGACUAUUCGUUUCGUUAUCUCUGGAUGGAACUAAAAAAUGGGAAGUUCAGCUUGAUGGGCGAAUUGAAGCAACUGCUUGUUGUCAAAGUGGUAUCAUUGCUGUAGGUUGUUAUGAUGGCUAUCUGUAUUUCCUGGAUGGGAAGAGUGGACAGUUAAUAUGGAAAUUUGCCACAGAAAAUGUCAUCAAAUCAUCACCUGUACUUAUCGAUACAGGAAAAAAGUGCUUGUUUGGUUCGCAUGAUAAAUGUCUCUAUUUGCUUGAUGUCAAGAACCAUAGGAUGCUAUGGAAAGUGGUCUGUAACGGUAGUAUUCUGUCAUCACCUAUGCUUACUGGUACAAUUGUACUGUGUGCCACUUUGCAAGGGGAAUUUCUUGGUGUCGAAUUAGACACUGGCGUUGUCUUAUGGAAAAUUCAACUGGCUGCACCUAUAUUCGCAAAUUUAUGCGUUAUAAAAGAACUUAACCGUGCACUGGUUGUGAAUGUUAAAGGACUUGUAACAUUGUGCGACACAACAAAUGGACAUAUAAUGUGUCAGUAUGAUAUUCUGGAGUGUAUUUUCGCAGCACCGGUACAAUUUCCGGAUGGUGUCAGUAAUUCUAACGUGUCGAUUAUCGUAACUCAAGCUUCUUCACUGUUCUUGCUACAGACAGAUACUCUUCAAUUGCUCUGGUACAUACGAAUUGAUGGAGUAGGGUCAUUUCCAAGACCACCGGAAAUUCUGGAUAAUGAAGGAUAUCUAUUUAUUCAGGAUUCCUCCGGUACUUUGCUAGCUAUCAAAGGAUUGCGAGAUAUGAUCAAAAAAAAUACUGUAGAUUUGGAAAUUUCCACGAUGGAAAUUGUCAAAGUUUUAAGAAUAUCCAGCGAAACUUUUGGUGGUGUGCGGAUUUUAGAAAGGGACAAAAGGGACAGUAGUAGCAGCAGUAAUAGCAAUGGUAGUAGUAGUAUCGGUAGUGAUAUUAGUAAUAGUAAAAUGGCAAUUGUCUCUUAUCGUGCUUUGAUUGGAAGUCGUGAUGAUCGUAUACGGUGCUUUUCUUUUUCAUUUUAAUCGAAGAGAGAAAGAAAAAGCAAGAAAAGUUAAAGAAUUGGAGUGGUGUAAAAGAAGAAAACAAAGAAAAUGUGGGAGGCGAGAGAGCGGCUUUUCAUUUUUGAAAUUUGAACUAAUGAAGGGGAAGGAUGAAAAGAAGAGGGAAGGAUGAAAUGAAUGAAUAGACGAAGUGAAG